ACAGUAUUUAUAAACAUCGUAAAGCCUUUAUCAGCAGCCUAUAGGAGAUAAAUAUAUCUAGGCCCUCAAGUUUGACGCACUUUCUUUCAAUGGGUUUGUAUAGGAAGCCGCUCUAAAGUUCUUAUCGCUACGUUUUGUUCAUUUUGCUCAUAUUUUGCUGACAUCAUGUCUACGGUUCCGACGGUUUCGUAUUGUAAUCCAGUGGCAUCCACAGAUCGAAAGCUAACUAUGAAAAAAUCGUCAUUUAUUUUCGGCUUGGCAUCUCCGAUUAACCGCCAGAAGCAGCUGCUAUUCUCGGAAUAUCGUUCAGAUGUGGUGUUCCGUGUAGGAAAUGCAGAAGAGUUGAUACAUGCCCACAAGUUGAUCCUGACCGUUGCCAGCGAGGUGUUCUACGCUCAGUUCAACGGAAGCUUCGCCGAGUCAAAUCAGGAUAGUUGUGAAAUUCCUGUUAAAAUCGAAGACAUCGAACCGGCAGCAUUUCGGGAGACAUUUCUUACGCAUCGCAAAAGUAUAUGCUCACCGGGCUGAGUGAUGUUUGUGAGGAAUUCAUUAACACGUCCGUUAAUGAAAGUAAUGUUCUGGAAGUGAUUGAUGCUAAUCAGCAAUAUGGUUUCAGUAGUGUGAACGAUAGUUGUCUAAAAAUAAUUCAGGAUAAUCCUAUCCAAUGUUUUGAAUCACAGAAUUUCCUCAAAAUAAGCGAAAAGACUUUGAAUUUAAUUGCUGGUUUACAAGAAAUUAAUUGUGAUAAGGAUCAACUUUGUGAAGCGAUUGAUAAAUGGCGUAAGGCAAACAAGUCAAAUGCAUUAUUCGAACCGAAGAUAAAGGACAUGAAGUGUCGAAAGCUUUAUUCAUACUCUAGGUUCCAAUAUCAAAAUACUGUCGAUACACGUUUGCACCUCAAUGUGCAGAAACCAUUUCAUUUGUAUGGAUUAGGUGUUUUUGUUGGUAUCGAAAAUUCAGUCCCUGUUACGGAGAACGAAUGGGUUACUAUUAAGGUUGCCGUUGAGCCAUAUAAUGUAAUCGCUACUAAGAAAGUUGCUCUGAGAAAAGAUCUGUUUGUACAAGAUAUUGUAUUCAAAAAGUUGAAGAUAUUGUCAAGCUGCGCUAUCAAGGUAUCCAUUUCUUGCAGUAAAAAUGUGCGGUUUUUCUGUUUGGAAUAUUUCCAUUCGAUAGAUACUCUAGGAGUUGUGAAACUUUCUGUAACCAG